AUGCGUAUUGCACUAAUAAUUUCAUUACUGACGAUUAAAGUGUUGACAUUUGAACAUAACGUAACCAAUCACACUCCCGAAGGACUUAUAUACCACGGUGAAAGGUAUAAUGUAAAUGAAUAUCCGUUCAUAGUUACCAUUACAAUAGCGUUUCCUCGUAAUUCUAAGGAGACAUGUACAGGUACGCUGGUAAACAAAUGGUUGGUAUUGACUUCUGCUCACUGUGUUUACGAUAUAGACAAAUACUUUAUCAAAGUAUAUCAAGGUACAUGGGUACAAAAUAAAAUAUCAAGAAAUGUAAUUUACAAGUUCAUACACGAAGACUAUAACCCUGAACAUAAUAAUAAAUUUAUAAGUGGAGAUGUUAGUGUAUUGCAAAUAAAUAGACCGUUUCCGAAAAUAAAGAAAUACAUAAAUAUAGGUGGCACUCCUGAUGAUUUCUUCAAUGAAAACAUCCUCGAUUGCAUAAUUAUUGGGUUUGGCUUGAUUGAUGAAAAAACUGUGGGCGUUGAAGGAUUCCAGAGUCGUGUUAAGGUCAAACACGGUAGAACAGCAUGUCGAGGAUUCAACAGUGAAAUUAUAAGAAACACAUGGGAUCAAUAUUUGUGUACGAUACCAGGUGACAAUGCGACUUGUCUAGGAGACAACGGUGGUCCGAUGAUUUGCGACGGCUUGCUAUAUGGAAUAUGUAGUUUUGCAAUUAAUUUUUAUGGGGAUAGUGAGACAAUGUGUGGCAGUAAAAAUGUACAGGUUGUUCACUUGUUCAUCCACUAUUAUAGAAGAUGGAUAGAUGAAGUUAUAGAAAUGGUUAUGGGGAACCCAGAGUCUACAACGGAAAAACCGGACUUUAUGACCGAAGAAUCAAAUAAGCCAAAGAAGAAGAAGAAGAAGAGUGCUGGGGAAUCGAUUAAACCACACCCCACACUGUAUACGAUUCCAGCAUUAUUAUUUUAUAAUAUUGUUCUUUAA